AUGGAUAAGAUACCAAUGAGUUCCAUUCCGCAACUUACAACGACGAAUUAUUACGUCUGGGCUAUGAAAUUAGAAGCAGUAUUAAGCCUGAAAAAGGUGAAAUACGUUCUCACGACGGACAGACCUACGGGCGACAAGGAACGUGAGAAAUGGGAUAGCGACAACGAGGAUGUCGUAUCUAUUAUAAAGCUAACUUUAUCCGACGACCAAGCCAUGCAAUUUGUGGACGAGAUCAACGCGAAGGAGCUGUGGGCAAAAAUCAAAGAAACCUAUGUGGGGCGCCUCGAAGAUUCAAAAAUCGACGCUACAGUCGAACUACGAAGCAUAUCAAUGGGCGAUAAGGAAACAGGAGCGGAUUACAUCGCACGAGCACGAGGUCUGGCAUCCAAAUGCAAAGGUCUGGGCGUUAAUAUCUCGGACCGUGAGCUUGUAUAUUACGUUGUGAGAGGUCUGAACGGUAAAUUUAACCGCAUAAGAAAUACACUCAAAACACAACGAGACAAGAGGCUUGACGACAUAUUAGAAGACUUAAGAGAAGAAGAAAGAGAGUUGUCCAACCAGAAGAAGAACAACGACGCAGCCUACGCAGCAAGAGAUGGGAAACGCAACGCCGGGAAGAGAUGUUACGUAUGCAAAAAGACUGGACACCAAGCAAAAGUAUGCUGGGACCGAAAAUCCAAUGACCACGAUGGAGAGAAAAAGGAACGACAACAGGACAAGGGACGCGGAAAUCAGCGCAGUAAUCCACUACUACAAGGCCGUCCACAACAGAAUCGUCAGGAUGAACGCAACAGUCGGAACGAGAAAGCCAACGAAGUUACUGACGACUAUGCAUUCGAACGGAACGCGGGAAUCUAA